AUUGCUUUUAUUAAAUGUGAACGAUGGUCUAUUAUUGAUAUGAUGUUGCUGUGAAUUAAAAAUGAAAUGUUUUUCUCUUUCCUUAUCUUCAAACUUGCAGCGUUAUGGAUUUGCAGUCUAUGGAGAGUGUUGUUGGGUCUCUAAAUGAGGGGAUUGUCUCUAUCUGUAACAUCUCCAAGUCUCUCUUGGAUGCACAAGUUGAUCGCAGCACACGCAUGUGCAGUAAUAAUGGACAAAUCAGGAUGCAUGUGGAGCAUAUGGAGCAUGCUGAGCAGUGCCUGGAAAACUCAGAAACAAUGAUUAAGGAAAAACUAAAAUAUUUAGAAGAAUGCAUGGAGCAACUUAUUAAAGAAAAAGAAAAUGCUGAGCAGCAGAACAAAGAAAAAUGCAAUGCCAUGGAUGAAUUACACAAUGAGAAGAACUCUGCUGAAGAAUCAUUAAAGAAUUCUAAAGCAGCUUUGGAACAGGCUGAAAAAGAUGAACUACAAAGACAGCAAGCUAGACAUAACACUGGCACAGGUGUAACAAUUGGAGGGGCGGCAGUGGCUGCAGUACCAAUUAUCGGAUGGAUUCCUGGUGUAAUAAUGAUGUCUGUGGGAGCUAGUGAAAUUGUUAAGGCUUCAAACGCUAUCAGGGAAGUUGAAAAUGAGCUAAAAAAACUGGAGUCCGAGGUGAAUGAGAAGAGCAUGAAGGUGUCUGAUUACCAAUCCAAGAUCGCUACCAUACAGAAUGAGACUGAAGAGACAGUUGAGUUGCUAAAUAAAUUGGAGAAGGAGACUGAAGAGGUGAAGCAGCAUCUACAGUUCACAGCUGAUAUUCAGGAAACGGUCAGGAGAGCUGUGACCCUUCUGACUGUUCUUAAUGAAAGUCUCACUGUAUUGGAGAAACAAACUCAGAGCUUCAUCCUCUGGGAGCCUGUGAUAAAUGCCAUGGAAGAUGUGAUAAAGGCAGCAGAAAAUGUUGCAGAGAAUCGUCUCCUUUAUAGUCAGGGUUUACCAGGCUUCAUAAAUACUUUGAGGGAGAAUAUUGGAGGAAUACGGGCUUUAUGCAACUCUCCCAAUAAUUCUGAACAUGACCUCUAUUACUAAUCAUCAUCUAAUUAAUACCUAGAAACCACUUUACAUAAGCACCUUACAGUGCUUAAUAAUAAUUGAUUACAUAUUCUAAUAAAUAGCAUCACCACCACCAUUACAAGUAAAUCACUUUGAAGAGCAUUAAAAGUGACCAGCAGACAGUGACAGAUAUGUGUUUUCACACAGAACAAUUCAUGUGUAAAACUUAAAAAAUGAUGCUUCAACAGGCAGUUACAAGUUUAUCAAUCAUUAUAAAUUUGUCUCCCUACACUUUAGAUUUUAGAACAAUAAAGUGUUUCUUUGAAUGCUGUUUACCAUGCCAUUGUUUCUAUUAAUUAAUUUAAAAACAGCAUAUUGUACUGUACAAGGUCAAAUAAAUCUGUUCGUAGUAAGAAUAACAAUGGCAAACAAAAUGUCAAUUAACAACAGACUUGAAAAAGACUGCAAUGCCCCUUUGAAUCAUCAUUAAGAAAAUUUGAAAAACACUGAUUGUGUUACACCAGUAUGUCUAAAAUCCUGUACUGACCAGCUGGCCCCCAUCUUCACACAGAUCUUCAGCAGAUCACUGGAGCUGUGUGAAGUCCCUUCAUGCUUCAAACGCUCCACCAUCAUCCCCAUCCCAAAGAAAUCCAAAAUU